UUGCAAUUCUAGGAGCUGGAUUAUAAACAACCUUCCAUAAGUGUGAAGGUUUUGCUACCAAACUCUUCAUCUGGGGUCUCCUUGAAGGCCAUUUUGUACCAAAAGGUGGAGGCUCUCACUGAACUUAAGAAUAGAAGCAACGUAAUUGGGCUCAAUUCUCAAAGACAUUCUUGCACUCUCCGGCCCUCGGCUAUUAGAAACAGGGAGAGCUGUGUUAGUCCAGUUAUGGCGAUGAUGACUACUACUACUACUCUUCAAGUUCAAGCUCAAGCUUCUUCUUCCUUCGCCAUUCGCAUUCCUCCCUCCUCAUUCACUUCUCCUCUCACUCGCUCCCCUCACCGCUUUGUCGUUCGAGCCGCAGUGGACCCUUCGGAGAAGUCUAUUGAGAUAAUGAGGAAGUUCUCCGAGCAGUAUGCUCGUAAAUCGGGAACAUACUUCUGUGUGGACAAGGGAGUGACUUCUGUUGUUAUCAAGGGAUUGGCUGACCAUAAAGAUUCAUUGGGUGCACCACUAUGCCCUUGUCGACAUUAUGAUGACAAACCUGCCGAGGUUGGUCAGGGGUUUUGGAACUGUCCAUGUGUUCCUAUGAGAGAAAGGAAGGAAUGCCACUGCAUGCUCUUUCUUACUCCUGACAAUGAUUUUGCUGGCAAGGAACAGACUAUCGCCUUGGACGAGAUCAGAGCAACAACAGCAAAUAUAUAACAUGGUUUAGUGUAUCAUAAUUACUUGUUUAAGCAGUGAAUUACCUGUAUUAGGCAAAAAAUAAUCAUCAUUGUAUGUAUAUUUGUAUCCUAAUCAGGAUCCAUAUCUGGCUUUUCCUA